UUACUUUCACUUUGGUGGGGGCGGUUCGUUUGGUAAAGAAGUGUACAGAAAGAUUAAUCACAUUAACGGCUAAUUUUACUCACCCAGUUGUCGUUUGCAGUUGCAUUGGAUACAACACGAAGAUGGCAGACCAGACUCUGCGGGGGCUGCGCACCGGGCUGGUGGAGAGUUUAAACAGGGCGGUGGUGACUGACCUGCUGGAUGACCUGCAGGAGAGGAAAAUCUUUAACACAGGGGAGGUAGAGGAGGUGCAGGAGGGCCAGCGCACCACCAAGGAGAAGGCACGCAGCCUCCUGGACAUGGUGCUGAGGAAGGGACCCAGGGCUUGUGAGGGCUUCAUUGAGUGUCUGAGACAGAGGGACCAGGAGCUCUGCAGCAAACUGCAGCUGUGACACUGCAGGUAACCUUCCACACUGCAGCAGCACUGCAGGUGUAAGAAUGGAGGCGUUGUCCAAGGAUGGAAAUAAGACUCCCAUUGCAUAGCAAUUUGAUCCAUUCCUGGUUUUCCUAUGAAUUUAAUAAGACACACCUGAGCUUCUUACCUAUACUGUACACUGGGGCUAAUCAGGCACAUUAAAACCUGGAAUGGGUGAAACUGUUAUGAACAGGACUGAAGGAAACCAAACACCACAAACUGCAUCCUCGCCUUUCAGUCAAAGGAAGAGCCCCCAGCGGCAUUCCUCCCUGGAAACUGAGCUCUCAGGAACCUCAUAGCCACACUGUGCUUCAUCUGGUCCUCUGAGGAACCUCAUAGCCAUACUGUGAUUCAUUUGGUCCUCUGAGGAACCUCAUAGCAACACUGUGAUUCAUCUGGUCCUCUGAGGAACCUCAUAGCCACACUGUGAUUCAUCUGGUCCUCUGAGGAACCUCAUAGCCACACUGUGAUUCAUCUGGUCCUCUGAGGAACCUCAUAGCCACACUGUGAUUCAUCUGGUCCUCUGAGGAACCUCAUAGCCACACUGUGAUUCAUCUGGUCCUCUGAGGAACCUCAUAGCAACACUGUGAUUCAUCUGGUCCUCUGAGGAACCUCAUAGCCACACUGUGAUUCAUCUGGUCCUCUGAGGAACCUCAUAGCCACACUGUGAUUCAUCUGGUCCUCUGAGGAACCUCAUAGCCACAGUGUGAUUCAUCUGGUCCUCUGAGGAACCUCAUAGCCACACUGUGAUUCAUCUGGUCCUCUGAGGAACCUCAUAGCCACACUGUGAUUCAUCUGGUCCUCUGAGGAACCUCAUAGCCACACUGUGAUUCAUCUGGUCCUCUGAGGAACCUCAUAGCCACACUGUGAUUCAUCUGGUCCUCUGAGGAACCUCAUAGCCACACUGUGAUUCAUCUGGUCCUCUGAGGAACCUCAUAGCCACACUGAUUCAUCUGGUCCUCUGAGGAACCUCAUAGCCACACUGUGAUUCAUCUGGUCCUCUCAGGAACCUCAUAGCCACACUGUGAUUCAUCUGGUCCUCUGAGGAACCUCAUAGCCACACUGUGAUUCAUCUGGUCCUCUGAGGAACCUCAUAGCCACACUGUGAUUCAUCUGGUCCUCUCAGGAACCUCAUAGCCACACUGUGAUUCAUCUGGUCCUCUGAGGAACCUCAUAGCCACACUGUGAUUCAUCUGGUCCUCUGAGGAACCUCAUAGCCACACUGUGAUUCAUCUGGUCCUCUGAGGAACCUCAUAGCCACACUGUGAUUCAUCUGGUCCUCUGAGGAACCUCAUAGCCACAGUGUGAUUCAUCUGGUCCUCUGAGGAACCUCAUAGCCACACUGUGAUUCAUCUGGUCCUCUGAGGAACCUCAUAGCCACACUGUGAUUCAUCUGGUCCUCUCAGGAACCUCAUAGCCACACUGUGAUUCAUUUUGUCAAAAGUAUGUUCCAUUGUAAUGUGCAGCUUUUCAUUCACACCUAAUUUUUAAUAAAGUCUUAAAUGUA